AUGCUAGAGCCGACCUCGUAUCUCCUCGAGUUGCCCAUCGCCGAUGGCGCAAUGCCCGUGUCCGUCGCGGCGGGAUGGGUCGGUUUGAUCUGGUAUCUUACCGUGCUGACCGUAUGUGCCUUGGGGUAUUCUCAGAUUUGGAGAUACUUUUCGCGACAACCCCGACGCUCCAGCUGGGCUGAGAACCCCGACGCUCCUCACGUCACCGCGAUUCGGCCUGUAAAGGGCCUCGAGCCGCAUCUGUAUGACUGCCUAGCGGCCACCUUUCGCCAGGACUACCCGCGUGACAAACUCACCGUGUGUCUCUGCGUGGCUACGCGCGAUGACCCGGCCUAUCCAACCCUCUGCAAACUACUCGCCGACUUUCCGGAUGUCGAUGCGCGUGUCUAUGUGGAAGAGGAGGAUCCGUUGCUGCAGGGUAGUGGGCCUGACCCCUACGAGCUUGGACCGAACCCCAAGAUCCGGAACAUGAGCCGUGCGUACCGUGAGGCUAAGGGGGAUAUCAUUUGGAUCAUCGACUGCAAUGUCUGGGUUGGAAAGGGUGUCUGCGGCCGCAUGGUGGACACACUAUGCGGAACAGGAGCCACCCCGGGCAAGAGGUUCAAGUUCGUGCACCACCUGCCCAUGGCGGUGGACGUUACGGGGGAGAGCAAUCUGUGUAGAGAGCGACAAACCCUUCUCGAUGCCCGCCCAGAUGCUGUGGUCCCGAGGGUCGCUGAUCUCUCCCUGACAUUCAGCCGACCGGAAGACGGAUUGGCAAGCACCAUUGAAACGGGCGGCGGUCGUCUGGAAGAGCUGUUCCUCUCCUCGUCGCACGCCAAAAUGUAUACGGCUAUCAACACCGUUCUCAUUGCCCCAUGCAUUGUCGGCAAGUCGAACAUGUUCCGUCGCUCGCACCUGGACUACCUAACAGCCCCGUCACUGAAAAACCCGCACCGCCGCCUUCCCGGAGUCGACUUCUUUUCAGACAAUAUCUGCGAAGACCACUUGAUUGGCGACCUGCUUUGGCGCAAGAAAGUACGGGAAGAAAAAGAACUUGGUGAACGGUGGGGCAAACAUGCUAUGGUGUUCGGCGACUUGGCGAUUCAGCCCGUGGCCAACAUGAGCGUACGAGGAUAUGUUGCGCGCCGAGUCCGGUGGCUGCGUGUCCGCAAAUUCACCGUCCUCCUGGCGACCCUCGUUGAACCAGGCACCGAGUCCUUCGUCUGCUCAAUCUAUGGCGCCUGGGGCGUCACAAGCGCGCUGGCACCUUACCUCGAGCAGAAGGGAUUUGCUUUUGCCUCCAACCUCGCGACCUGGCCCUCUUUCCUUGCUUGUGUUGUGCUCAGCAUCGCGUUCUGGAUUCUAGUGGACUGGACUCUGUAUAUCAAGCUGCAUUCUGCAAAGGCCAUAGAACUAGAUGAGGACACGCCUGUCUUCGCACGGCCCAACCGUCGCUCUUCUCAAACCACACGUCGCCCUUUCCUACAAUGGUUCUCUGCAUGGCUCGGCCGCGAACUUCUCGCCCUUCCCAUUUGGAUCAUCGCCGUCUAUGGCGGUGUCACUGUGGUCUGGCGGGACCGACGGUUCAAGGUUGGAUUCGACGCCAAGGUCCGGGAAAUUGACUCAGAUAACGCGCCGCCAUCGGAGGGCUCAUACUCGACCGGGUCUGUUGUAGAUUGGUUUCCCGUUUCGCCACAGAGCAACGGUGUGACGGGGAAAGUUCGCCGUGACUGA